AGUCAUUUACAAUUUCGCUCGGUAAUCAAGUGAAAUCGACACAUAACCUUCGUCUUUUGGCAUCUGAUAUUGAUGACAUGCUUAAGUCUUCCAACGACGAGGCACGUGGUACAGCAUAUAGGGCACAAACUGCUGCUAAUUUGUAUUCGCAAGAUUUGACGGCAAUUGUUUUACUAUUGACGCCCAAAGAUUGGCCAAAAUAUAAAUUUGGACAAAGUGCUAAUAAAGAAUCUACAGAAUUUCAUUUUGACAAUAUUGAAACACAAUUUGAGGCCAUUGAAAACGAUUUUCCAGCUGAGAGUAAUGGUGUAAUUCCUGUUAAAGAAGGGGAUUUUUUUAUCACAAAACAUUCUAACCUACCGUUAGUUCAUGUGGCAUUCCAUUUGGUUAUAGACUUUGAAUAUCCAACCAUUCAAGAAAAUAUUUUGUGUCGAAGAGGUGAACUUGUGUUAAAAUGUAUAAAAGGAUUUAUGAUGGAGAAUUCGCGGAUACCAAAGCGUAAAGCUGAUAAAGAAGAAGAAACAAAAACUGUACAAUUUUUAUUGCCAAAAAAUGCUAAUGAACAACAAUUUAAUUCGCAAAGACAGUGGCUUAUAGAUACUUUUGGAGCGAAUUAA